AGCAAGUUGAGUCUUAAACACUUGGAAAUUGGAAUUCCAUCCGUAACUUACAAUGGAAUGUCCGAACCUAAAAUGUUUUUAACUUAUGCGUUGAUGACUAAUGUCUAAUAAUUCAAGGGAUUGCGACCUGAUAAAUAAAUUAUAUCUUGAAAAAGUUGUAAAGGUAUAAAUAAAUUAGAUACGGUCAUAUAUAGACUUUCAUUCAUUUGUUGUUUUUCGCUGCAUUUUACUGUAUCUGGAAUAAGCGACCAGUAAAGCAAGCUUUCGUCUUUAUUUUUGUUUGUGGUGUAUCAUGGCCGGCAAAGACGAUGAUGAGGUGAUACUACAAAGUUUUAUGGUGAAGAGAUCCCUGAAUAAGAAGUUGUUUACGCCGGUGAAUUUCAAAGAGCGUUGGCUGGUCUUGACACGUCGUGCACUUAUUUAUUAUGAUUCUGAUGGCGAGAAACGCAAAGAGAGAGGUCGUAUUAAGACAGAGAAAAUUCAUACUGUGGAACAAGCACAGCUGGGAGAGCUUGGCAAACAAAUACCAGAAGGCGACGGGGAGAAGAGUCCUACAUAUCGGUACCCUUUUCAGGUGGGGUACACAGAACAGAACGUAGAAUACACAUUGUACUUGAUCGCUGGUGACCACAAAGAGCGACUACAAUGGAUACACACUAUCAGGUCUGUGUGCGUGUGUAAUGUGAAGCGCAGAAGGUACCAUCCGGCGGUGUGGGCGGCGCGCCGCUGGAUCUGCUGCGACGCCGAGAGGCGGUCGGCUGCCGGCUGCACUGUGACCACUGUCUGGCCAUUGCUCGAGCCUGAGAUCGAGCUUCAUCCACAGCAGAACGACAACCGCUCUUCCGAGGACGGAUCGUCUGUGACAGCGGCGGUCACCAUGCCCGGAGGAGGUAGCGUCCCUCCCGGCACUCCAUCUGCAAAGCCAAAGGAAAAACCAAGACCUAAAGUAGUCGUAGCUCUCUAUCCAUUUAGAGCUAUUGAAAGCGGGGACUUGUCCUUGGAGAAGGGUGCCGAAUAUGAAGUUAUAGACGAUUCUCAAGAUCAUUGGUGGAAAGUGAAGGAUGAGCAUGGGUCCGUGGGCUACAUACCAAGCAAUUACGUCAAAGAGAAAGAAACUAUUGGACUAGAAAAAUAUGAAUGGUUCGUGGGCGACAUGUCUCGCCAGCGAGCGGAGUCUCUGCUCACGCAAGAGGACAAAGAGGGAUGUUUCGUUGUACGCAAUUCGUCAACAAAAGGAAUGUACACACUAUCGCUUUAUACCAAAGUCAACCACCCCCACUCGAAGCACUACCACAUAAAGCAGAACAGCCGCGGCGAGUUCUACCUGUCGGACAAGCACUGCUGCCCGAGCAUCCCCGAGCUCAUCAACUACCACAAGCACAACAGCGGCGGCCUGUGCUCGCGCCUCAAGACCACGCCCUGCGACCGGCCCGCGCCGCCCACCGCCGGACUGUCGCAUGACAAAUGGGAGAUCGACCACAGCGAGCUGGUGUUGAUGGAGGAGCUCGGCAUGGGCCAGUUCGGCGUGGUGCGGCGAGGCAUGUGGCGCGGCCGCAUCGACACCGCCGUCAAGAUGAUGAAGGAGGGCACCAUGUCCGAGGACGACUUCAUCGACGAGGCAAAGGUCAUGACAAAACUGCAACACCAAAACCUAGUGCAACUAUACGGCGUAUGCUCGAAGCACCGCCCUAUCUACAUCGUGACGGAGUACAUGCGGCACGGCUCCCUGUUCAACUACCUGCGCCGCACCUCCCCCGACCAGCUCGGACACGCCGUACUCCUCGACAUGUGCAUACAGGUGUGCCGUGGAAUGGCGUAUUUAGAAAGGCACAACUAUAUUCAUCGAGAUUUAGCUGCAAGAAAUUGUUUAGUCGGUGACGAAAAUGUAGUAAAGGUUGCGGACUUUGGACUGGCGAGAUACGUUUUAGACGAUCAAUACACGAGCUCUGGUGGUUCUAAAUUCCCUAUCAAAUGGGCGCCUCCCGAGGUCCUCAACUUCACCCGUUUCUCCUCAAAAUCUGACGUAUGGGCUUUUGGUGUGCUAAUGUGGGAAGUGUUCACCUGCGGCAAAGUGCCAUACGGCCGAAUGACAAACUCGGAAGUUGUCGAUAAAGUCCUUCAGCGCGAAGUACUCGAAAAACCAAAAGGAUGUUUGAAUGAAAUAUACAAUGUGAUGCGCGCGUGCUGGGGCCACAAGCCGGAGGAUCGUCCGUCGUUCCGCGUGCUGAAGGACCAGCUGGCGGUGAUCUCGCAGAGCGUGCUGGCCGAUUGACUGCGCCUGCUGCUGCACCUGCUGCGCGCGCCGCCCGCCGCCCCCGCCCCCGCCGCCGCCACGUUGCCGCGCACGCGCCGCGUCCACGCCGCCUCGCCGGUGUGAUGCCGCGCGUUACAGCCGCCAAUCAAACGUUUCUGCCGGCGGAACUGUUCCCUCAUCGGUUUAGUUUAAUGCUUGUCUUGCACCCUGGACCUAUUGAACACACGAUUUUAAUGUUUGACGGAACGCACAAAUAUUUUGCUGUCUUAAACAGGAUCAUGAUCAUUUUAAAGCAAGAUACAGAUUAAACCUUCCCGGGAUACGUAUUAACUACGUCCUAUUUCCAUGUCGACACAACAAUUUACAUUUAUAUAUAAAACUUUCGAAUAUAUGCUGAAAAUAUUUCACUAGAUGCUUAUUCGUUAGUUCAUAGACACAUUUUGUGUCGGUUUUCGCAACUGUUUCAGUUUCUACGGGUCGGCAGUGUUCGGGUAUGAAAGCUUCAUUAGAGCAUAAAUCAGAAUUGCAUAUUUGACUUAAUUAUUUAUUACUAAAAUCUCUAUACAUUGGUUGAUUUGACGACGAAAAUCAUACUCUUCACUAACAAAAUAGCAUAUUCUCAAUAAUAUGAUAUUAUUUCAAAUGACAAACGUUUAAGCUUACGUCAUCAAAAGUAGACAAUAAAAAUUACUAACUCGACGGAAUUGAUAGAUUGGUAUUUAAUUUUCUUUUACAAGUUUGCUUUUUAAAUAUGUUUUCAUUCUACCGUCCACUGCCAUUCAAACCUAUCACUAGGGUCUACGUCAUUUAGUUUUUAUUCAGUGUAUAGUUUAGUGUUUUACAGAACAUUGAAUUAAUUAAUAAGUCGAUAGCAAGCAAAUUUAAAUUUAAGGUAUUUGUUUUAUCAAUUAUAAAAGCAUUGGCGAUACACAUUCCAGAUAAUAGUAUUAUGUACUAUUUUAUUAAAAGAUUAGCGUGUUUGAUGAGUUGUAUAUGAAGAAUGAGUGUUGCUUGCUGUCGAUUUCUUACCUAAAUGCUUAGCUCUAUUAUAAGUACAGUGCAAUGCCAAUACAGCUACGUGCAAAUUUCUGAAUAGUUAUUAUUACACUUUUAUAUAGGAUACAAAUAUUAAUUUUAUCAUCCGCAUAUCAUUAAUCAUAUAGUUUUUAAUGUAUAUAAAAUAACAUAGGAAUUUAUUAUACUAGUCGGUAGGUACAUGCGACAAAGUACGUGCAGUCAUUAUUCUUUUAGACAUUUUACCUUUACAUUCGAUUAUAUAUAGUGAUAUUGGAUACUAAAGUUAACUGGACUAAAUAAUAUUUAACCUCUUGAUCGCUUUAAUUGGAACUUUAUGCGACGAAUAUUUUGUGUCGCCUACGUGGUAUUUGUAUAAGGAAAACCAGUGCUAAUUUACCUAGUAUGUACUCAUUGUCAUCAUAAAAAUAUAAAUAAUUUUGUUUAUUUAUUAAUAUUCGCUACAAAAUAGCGUAAGGAUGUCAAAUUGCAUAAAAAUAUAUCUGGUUAUAUUGUCAAACUACGAUUAUAUUUUUGAAAUGGAUAAUAUUGAGUAAUUUGUUGAAUUUAUUAAAAUGAAAAUAUUAUUAAAAAUAUGAACCAAAACAGAAAAACAAUAUGUAUAGAAAACUAAUUUAUAAUUUAAUAAGUGAAAUCUACAAUAGGGUAUUUGGUUAUUAUUUAUUUUUUUUAUAAAAUAUGUACGUCAUAUAAAUUCUAAAACAGAAAAUAUCAUUGAAAUUUAAUGAAAAAUUCACAAGUUAUAAGCCAUUGAAAUUUGGUAGUAGGAGCGAGUGUCAAAAAACCGAAAAGAGGCGGAAUACUUACAAGUGACGUCAGCGGACAUUACGAUGCGUGCGAAAGAAAGAUUGACCGAUAUCCCCGCUCUACGCCCGCUGCUGCACUUAGCAAUAUUUGUAUUCUGAAUUACUGCCUCAUUUCUUAUCGAAUUUUGAUGCUGCUUUCACAGAAAGAUUUCUUUUUGUACUAAUAGUAACAUAUUAAAAAAUUCACGAAAACAAACAUAGUCCAAUACCCUAUUGAUUGGAAAACUAAUAUAACCGUUCUGAGUUAGAAUGUUGCUAAAGUAGGUCUGAGGUGGUAUAGACACGGCAGCUACGGGAAAAAGCGAUCAAAAGGUUAAAUUAUACAUCAUACGUUGUACAUUCAACAAGAAGUUGUCACUGCUGUGAUAAAGUCCGUUCGAUUAAUGAUUAUAUCAUAUUAACUAAUCACUAUUAAUGGAAAAAUCAUCAACAGCAACAUUUAUUGUGUGCGAUUUUUUCAACUUUUUUGAUCUGACUUUUGGUAUUAUAAAACAAUUUUAGAUUAUUGAUGCCAGGUGGCGUUUUACCUAAACAGUCGAGAAGCAUUAUUAUUAUUAUGACCACAGAAUGCAGUGAAUUUUUUAUAAUUUGCCUUCAGACCUAUUGUAUAUGACCGAUGGCUGAAUACUGUGAAUAUUGUCCAUUCCUUUAAACAUGAAGACUCCUAGGGUCUGUUGUUUUACUCGUUCAUAAUUGACCUUCAAAUUCUGUGGUAAUUAUUAUAACAUAUUUAUAAAACAAAGUCCCAUCCGCUGCGUCUGUCUGUCGGAACGCGAUAAACUAAAAAAAUACUGAACGGAUUUAGAUGGCGUUUUUUAUGGAGGCAGUUUGAGACGUUGGGAAGGAGACACUUACUUUUACAUACAGGCUUACUUUUUGUCCCGGGAAAAUAUAAAGCGGGAGAAUCCCGGAAAAAUUCUCACGAAAGCGAUGCCGCAGGCAAAAGCUAGUAAUGAAACAGUUUUUGUAUUGUGUUUGUACGACUUACCCCAGACUAUAAUUAUAUUUAAUUAGUAGUCAUGAUAUAUGACCAUGCCAUAGAUAAUUAUUAAGUUCAAAAAAAAUGCCAACUUUUUAUUAAAUGCUAUACAUUUUAGAUAGAUCUAUGUUACUUGUGGCUUUUCUGCUAUCCAACAAGUUUAGUCUGAGGCCAAAGCUAAAAUAUAAUAAUAUUUUUUAUAAAAGCCCAGUUGGCUUACUUUUAUAGCUUUUUAAUUGGCUGAAGCAAUAAAUAAAAAUAUGUUGAAACAACAGGCCCUAAUCCUAAUCUGGUGAUAAAAUUGAGCAUUCCAUAUAAUUUUAAUUAGCAAUGUGGUGACUGAUUACGUGUCUAAAUUGGACGAAUAAUUAAUAUUUUAGAUGUAUGACAAUGUGCAUAAUUUAUAAAUUAAUGAAUGUCAGCGGUGACACUUAACGUGCCAAUUAUUUCAAAAGCAUAAUCUUUGUACUGUUUGUAAGGAUAAGCGUAGAUUUUUUUAAAUUACCUCCACUUGACGGAAAUUGUUUAAGAUGUAUGACGGGAUGAGUAAUAAUUUAUGUUGUGGUAUAAUUUAAAGUGUGUAUGAUGUAUUUGACAUUUAUAUGCAAUAAACGAGGAGUAUAUUCCUGCAGACUAUUAUAUUGCAUGUGAAUCUGUUUUUGUGAUAAAUAUUAACUGCUUGGUUAUACUAGUAACUUUCACAUAAUAUUGCAGUCUGAAAUAGUACAGAUAAACAAUUAAAAUAAUUUAUUCAAUAAUCUACACAUUAAGCGUGUACUGCAUUGAAAUAGUAAAGUUUACGGAAUUGUACAGCAAUUAAUUUGUAUAACAGUUUUAUAAAGCUAUUAAGCCAAGUAAAAUAAUUUUAUUGUGA